UGUUAAUAUAAAUAAUUUAUUUCGGGAAGAAAAUGAGCGAAGCUGAUGCAGUAAAGACACCUGUCAGGAAUGCACAGGAUUUGGUGGAGAGAAUAGGGAAUGACACUCAUUAUGAGAUCCCAGAUAACUCAAGCAUUGAGAGAACCAACCUUAACGGUAAUACAUGUGAGAGAAGAUCCGUCCAAGAGUGGAAUGAAUCACCAAUCCAGGAUACAAAGCAAACACCUUUGCGUAAGAAGGCUGCGAAGAAAAGGAAGAAUAAAAUGAGCAAUUAUGGAAUCCUACCUAGGAUGACUCCCAGUAAGAUACUCGAGUCAGCCACCAAACCAGUGCUUUCACACACAAAGUCUACCAGAUCACCGUUAAAUGGGAAAAAGACAAGUAACAUUGACAGGGCUAGUCUGAAAGAUGAGAAAAGAGAUCUUGAGAAAGUAUUUAGUGAUGAUCCUAAGCUCGAUGAUUAUGAGCAACUUGCUUUCAGUGCAGGCUCUGAUCACGAAAAUCGUACAGAACAGAACUACUAUCAACCCAAGGAUUCAGUGAUGUCCAACUAUGAUAUGAUAAAGCAGGUUGACCAAGGCAAGGAGGAUAUACGCCAAAAGAAGCAGAGGCUUAAGGAUCUAGAGGAAGAAAUCCUUCACAUCUCAGAGAAGAUGACUAGCUAUCAGAAUGAAACAGACCUUAUCAUUGACGAACUCAGAGAGAGAAUAGCUCAAAGGGAGGAAGUCAACCUCAAAAUUAAGGAAGAGCCAAUGUUUUAUACCAUGAACGGUAAUCAGGAAUUCAUGCAACAAGAUGUGUAUUCUACCUCAGAUGAGUUGAUUAGCCUGCUCAAAGGAGGCAUGGAGGGUAAGAACAAGAAAUUCUUUGAAAGCUGAAAGACAGAUCUUAGGCAAUGGAAGGAGCUUGUAGGUGAAGAAAUCAAAGCUUUCAACCAAUUCCUUCAAAAGAAGCACAAGGUUUUAACUAAAGAUAUGGCAGAUGAGAUUUCGACCUUCACUCCAGUGCUCAGCGGCAAGUUUGAUUCAUUCUAAGUUGGGUUGUUAAUUAGAAAAAUAUCCAGAACGGUACCAAAUGAUUAU